AAGCGGAAAGUCCAAGAUGGCGGACUAAGCGGCGUGGCUUUCCGGAGAAGUUUCACAUUUACGAUCUUAUAGAUUCAAAAAUUGCAACAAAUACCUCAACUAUUCACAUUUUCUUAAGCCCACCAAACGGACUUUGAGUGUGGAGCGACGGCGUGUUAUCUGAAGUGAAGAUUGAAGACGUGAUAGAAGAUGGACGACUACUGCUAUGCUAAGAUGGCGACGUCCGCUAAAAGAGAACAUGAAAGAGAAUCAGCGCCACCAACGGAGAACAAUCUGAAAAGCGAAGACGAAGACGUCCAGCAGCUGAUCGGUAAUCCAGAAGAAGUUUCCCCUCAGUUAGGGGGGAGCUCCACUUUGAAGCAGGAGACUCCACAACCACCCUGCAUUAAAAAGGAAGAGGAGGAACUCUGCAUCACUCAGGAGGGAGAGUGUCUUCUAGGACGAGAGGAAGCUGAUUACACCAAGUUUCCACUGAGUAUUCUCUCAGUGAAGACUGAAGAUGAUAAAGAGAAACCACAAGACGAAAACGAGGUUGAAGAACCUUUGAGCAGCGAUAAAGACUGUGAAGACGUCCAGCAGCUGAUCGGUAAUCCAGAAGAAGUUUCCCCUCAGUUAGGGGGGAGCUCCACUUUGAAGCAGGAGACUCCACAACCACCCUGCAUCAAAAAGGAAGAGGAGGAACUCUGCAUCACUCAGGAGGGAGAGUGUCUUCUAGGACGAGAGGAAGCUGAUUACACCAAGUUUCCACUGAGUAUUCUCUCUGUGAAGACUGAAGAUGAUGAAGAGAAACCACAAGUAGACAACCUCUUAGCUCCACUAUCAGAUAGUGAGGCUGAAGACGAGGUUGAAGAACCUUUGAGCAGUGAUACAGACUGUGAAGGUGAUAUGAGGACUCACACUGACAACAAACACUCUGAAUGCUCUACAAAGAAGAGAGGUAAAACAUGUUUGAGCUGCUCAGUUUGUGCUGAAAGUUUUACUACAAAGUGCAGUUUGACUCGACACAUGAGAACACACACAGGUGAAAAACCAUUUAAUUGUUCAGUUUGUGGCAAAAGCUUUUCUCAAAAUAGCCAUUUGACUCAACACAUGAGAACACACACAGGUGAAAAACCAUUUCAUUGUUCAGUUUGUGGUAAAAGCUUUUCUGUUAAGUGCCGUUUGAUUAACCACAUGAAAACACACACAGGUGAACAACCAUUCCGUUGUUCAGUUUGUGGCAAAAGCUUUUCUCAAAAUAUCUAUUUGACUUACCACAUGAGAACACAUACAGGUGAAAAACCAUUUAAUUGUUCAGUUUGUGACAAAAGCUUUUCUCAAAAUAACCAUUUGACUCAACACAUGAGAACACACACAGGUGAAAAACCAUUUAAAUGUUCGGUUUGUGGCAAAAGCUUUUCUCAAAAUGGCUCUUUGACUCAACACAUGAGAACACACACAGGUGAAAAAACUUUUAAUUGUUCAGUUUGUGACAAAAGCUUUUCUCGAAAUAGCUUUUUGACUGAACACAUGAUAACACACACAGGUAAAAAACCAUUUAAUUGUUCAGUUUGUGACAAAAGCUUUUCUCAAAAUAGCUGUUUGACUCAACACAUGAGAACACACACAGGUGAAAAACCAUUUAAUUGUUCAGUUUGUGGCAAAAGCUUUUCUCAAAAUAGCCAUUUGACUCAACACAUGAGAACACACACUGGUGAAAAACCAUUUAAUUGUUCAUUUUGUGGCAAAAGCUUUUCUCAUAACAACUCUUUGUGUCGACACAUAAGAACACACGCUGGAGGAAAACCAUUUAGUUGUUCAGUGUGCUGUAAAAGGUUCACAUAUAAUGCAGACGCAGUUAAACACAUAAAAACACACAAGGGAAAAAAACCAAUUAGCUGUUUAGAAAGACCGCGCCCCAAGCAGGAAGUGACGCCAGAAAGACCGCGCCCGACACAGGAAGUGACGCCAGAAAGACCGCGCCCGACACAGGAAGUGACGCCAGAAAGACCGCGCCCCACACAGGAAGUGACGCCAGAAAGACGCGCCCCACACAGGAAGUGAUGUCAGAAAGAACGCGCCACAGCCAGCUUCAUAAUAAAGCGGUAUCGUAACUCGGAGCUAACCACUGGAAAUAUGGAGGCGAGUCAUCCAGACAUGCCCGUGUUUCUCCUUCUUCUACAUGUACAGACACUUGUGGAAAUCACACAUGAAUACCUUAAGAGAAAGCGAAUGCAGUUAUUUGGGAUACAACACUUCUCGGACGAGAAGAGAACUUUCCAAUGUGUGAUUCACUACAAUAGGGCCCCAAAGCACACUGGAUUCCAGUUAAUUGAAAUACCACAACACUGGAUAUUGUUAAGAUAAGUUAAAUUUAAGAACUUGCACACAAAGCAACACUGGAGUUAAAACUGUGACGUGUGCAUAUUCCGCGCGUGCAUAUUAGGUAUCGUUACGCCGGCUGACGGAGGCGGGGAGGGGGUCUUAAACGGUGGCAUUGUGUGUGUGUGUACAAGGAUAAGGUUAGGUGGGAUUUACCCUGGAUAACCUACUUGGUGUAAACGGGUCCUAAAAAGAAUAUAUUGCGUUACCAUAAAUGAAUGAUGAUUAAUCACAGUGUUCGUUUAGACCGGCGCAGGAAGGCAUUGCACAGGCAGCGAUGACGUCACACACCAGUGGUAGAGGGGUGUGCUCUGUCCAAUAAUGGCUUUUUUGCCAAUAUUCGGAUAUUGUCUAACUCUUAAUUACCGAUUCCGAUAUCAAUCCAUACCGAUAUAUAUACAGUUGUGGAAUUAACACAUGAUUAUGCCUCAUUUUGUUGUGAUGCCCCGCUGGAUGCAUUAAACAAUGUAACAAGGUUUUCCAAAAUAAAUCAACUCAAGUUAUGGAAAAAAGUGCCAACAUGGCACUGCCAUAUUUAUUAUUGAAGUCACAAAGUGCAUUAUUUUUUUUAACAUGCCUCAAAACAGCAGCUUGGAAUUUGGGACAUGCUCUCCCUGAGAUAAUCCUGAUACCCACUACAACUAUGGGAAGUACUAUACUUUGACUUUCACAAAGUGCAUUAUUUUUUUAUUUUUUUAAACAUGCCUCAAAACAACAGCUACAAAAACAAUGAAGGCACACAGCUUCAGUCCAGAGUAUACUAGAGUCAUAAAGUAAACAAUAAUAUAGUCCUCCUUUAGUAGACUGCCUGGCAUACUGUAUAACAGGAAAUUAUAAACUGGGCUCAAUCUGCCCUGCUCUAACGUAUUUGUAUGAGUAACACAAAUGUGCUGCAAGCUAGUGGUGAGUGCUUGAAGUGGCCUAGCAGUCAGUCAGAGCUUCUGAAAUGCUGCGUUGAGACAGGGCACCUCUGUUCACUGCAAGCUGCAAAGUGUGUGCCAUGCAGGGCAGACUAGCCACACCAAACUCCACCGUAGCUUUUGCCACGCUGCGGGCGUUGUCCCUGACCACAAUGUGGGCUUUCGCCUUGGGGUGGUUUUUGUUGUAUUUUUGUCUUUUCUCUGCGGAGUCUUUAAGCGACAACUGUGUGGUACUACUUUUUUUCAGUGUUUGAUUUUCAUCCAUCUUCCGCUUGUAUUCAUCGUGUAUCUCCUUAUGAUUCUUGAAGAGGUGGGAGAUCUAAUUGCUCGUAUUAAAGGCAGACGUCUUGGUUCCUCCUCGCAUAACCAACUUUUUGCAGUCAUUGCAAAUUGCCAGUUUUUUAUCCGUCAGACACACUUCAAAAUAAUCCCAAACCAUGUCGUUCUGAACUCACUAUGUUCACUGCUCGCUGUACAUAUCCUACGAAGUCAGACCUACACUGUUUCUAUGUCCAUUUCUCAGAUGAUGCAAUUGUUGAUGACUGAAGUGCUGAUAUCAACCAAACUACACUCUUAGUGCUUUUCUUCUUUAUUCAGAGUAAUCAUUUGACUUAAUAAAGGUUUUUAACUAAAACAACUAAGAGGAAACUCAUUUG